AUGGCGGCCAACCCGACUUCGGAUCGGCAGCUAAGCUGGCGGUUUUUGCCUUGCAGCUCCACGAAACGGCGGCGUAUACAUUCAAUAGAAGUAAACUCUUCUCCUCCUCCGACGACGAUCGUUCAACUGGGAGACGAUGUCCUCGUCGAAAUCCUGAUUCGCCUCCCAAACCCCAGAUCCGCCUGUAGCUGCAAAGCCGUCUGCAAGGGAUGGAAGUUCCUUAUCUCCGAUCCAAUUCGGUUCAACCGCCGUUUCGUUUCCCACCACCAGAGCAAGAACCGACAACCUAUUCUCCUUCUACCCUCAGACGACCCGCAAGCGAUUAUCACGAGCUUUAUCCCCAUGACUACUCCAUUUACCCAACGCUCCUUCGCAAUAAUGGAUUCUUACAAGGACUUGGUUCUAUGCGGGUUUGCGGAUGCGGCGCCCGUCACUAACUACAGCGAUUUGGUCACAGAAUUGUACCGAUCGUACUUUCUCUGCAAUCCGUUUACCAAGCAAUGGGUCGCCCUCCCUUUGGCGCCAGAAAUGCCAAUUGACUGUGGGCACUACUUUACAAGGUUAGUUUGUGAACCCCUGAUUUCUAAUGAUCUUGAUCUAGGAGAGGAGCAAGUGUUUGCUUAUUCUUCUGAGUAUCGAUUUCGAGUGGUGUGUCUAUACCGGCAUGCUGGGUGCACAAAGAUAAAUAUGUUCUGUUCGGAUACUGGGGAAUGGACGAAGGACAUUCUUGUUCUUCGUGAGCAUUGUCAAUUUGCAACCAAGAAUGUAGUUUCCUGCAACAGGGAGGUGUUUUGGUGUUAUUAUGGCUUUCCAAACCAAGAUCCUGGUGCUGUGCAGCACGCGAUGAAGCCUUUAAUUGCUGCUUUUAAUCCUUUCCGGCCGGAUGUACCUCCCACUACUAUUGAACCUCCAACACUAGUCUUUGGGAAACCUGGGUGGGAUAUUUCAUUCUCGCAAGGUGCCAUGCACGUGAUUGUAUUUGAAGAUCGAAUUGAACCGGGUUGUUCACAGAUUGCGUCGAGUGUGUGGCGAUUGGAAGAAGACCGUAAGUCUUGGGGGAAAGUAUGUGAUGGGUUAUUGAAGGGACCAAGGUUGUGUGAACUUCGCACCUACGUUCGGCCUUGUAUGCAUCCAGAGAAGCCACAAGUCUUCUUCCUCCGUCAUUCUGAUGCUACAGGUGAGGUUUUUGCCUUGUCCUGCGAUUUGGGGGCAGGGGUAGAGCUGGAGCUCUUCGCUGAAGGAAGAGCAUUCUUAACUUACUGGAAUUUGUUCCGAGCUGAGCUCUCUUGCUGGCCGACUUUGAUUCCGAGGUACAAGCAGCUGCGAGUUUUGUAUGAUGGAAGCUACAGCUGUUGGGUUCAGAUCAGCAAGGAACAUGUACCAAUUUCUCCAAUAGCUGGUACUUACUUCAGAGCAACAAGGCUUGACAAUUUCGAGUGA